GAGGAGGAGGAGGAGGAGGAGGAGGAGAAGCGGGAGGCAGCAUGGUGCCUGGGGCACCAUGGGCCCCGACAGAGUGACAGCCAGGGAACUGUGUGAGAAUGACGACCUCGCCACCAGCCUCGUCCUGGACCCCUACCUCGGCUUCCGCACCCAUAAGAUGAACGUCAGCCCCGUGCCCCCCCUGCGGCGACGGCACCACCUGCGCUCAGCGCUGGAGGCCUUCCUGAGGCAGCGGGACCUGGAGGCUGCGUACCGGGCCCUGACGCUGGGAGGCUGCAUGGCCCACUACUUCCAGAGCCGGGGCCCGCGGCAGGAGGCUGCCCUCAAGACCCACAUCUAUCGCUACCUCCGAGCCUUCCUGCCCGAAAGCGGCUUCACCAUCUUGCCCUGUACCCGUUAUUCCAUGGAGACAAAUGGAGCCAAGAUUGUGUCUACCCGCGCUUGGAAAAAGAACGAGAAGUUGGAGCUGCUGGUGGGCUGCAUCGCGGAGCUGCGAGAGGCCGACGAGGGGCUGCUGAGGGCCGGGGAGAACGACUUCAGUAUCAUGUACUCCACCCGCAAGCGCAGCGCUCAGCUGUGGCUCGGCCCGGCCGCCUUCAUCAACCACGACUGCAAACCCAACUGCAAGUUCGUACCUGCAGAUGGAAACGCAGCCUGCGUGAAGGUGCUGCGGGACAUCGAGCCGGGGGACGAGGUGACCUGCUUCUAUGGCGAAGGCUUCUUCGGUGAAAAGAAUGAGCACUGUGAAUGCUACACCUGCGAGAGGAGAGGUGAAGGAGCUUUCCGACUGCAGCCCAAGGAGCUCCUGCCGCCCCGGCCCGUGGACAAGUAUGAGCUCCGGGAGACGAAGCGGCGGCUGCAGCAGGGCCUGGAUGGCCCCCGGGCCUGUGCCCACCCAGCCCCGCUGCGCCGGGACCCGUUCUGCGCUGCCUGCCAGCCCCUGCGCCCCCCGCCCUGCGGCGCCCGCCCCGAUGCCUCGCCCCUCUGGCUCCAGUGGCUGCCUCAGCCCCAGCUCCGGGUGCGUCCCCGGAGGCGCCGACGCCCCCCGCCCCGGCGGGCCCCGGCGCCCCCCGCUCUCCGUGCUGCCCGCGUCUCCCUGCACCGAUGGGGAGGCUGUGGCCCCCACUGCUGCCUGCAGGCGGAGGCCCUGGUGGCCCUGGGGCCGGCCGCCCGUGCCCGCUGGGCCCCCCAGCAGGACUGGCACUGGGCCCGGCGCUACGGGCUGCCUUACGUGGUACGUGUGGACCUGAGCCGUGUGGCCCCGGCCCCGCCUGCCGCUGCCACCCCCGCCCCUGCCGGGACCCCAGGCCCCGUCCCCAUCCCCAAGCAGGCCCUUGCCUUUGCCCCCUUCUCCCCACCCAAGCGCCUGCGGCUGGUGGUCAGCCAUGGCUCCAUUGACCUGGAUGUCAACGGUGAUGGGCCGUGACGGGCUGGAUAGGGAGGCCCAGGCUGGGAGAAGACGACGUCCCUCCUGGUCCCCUCCGCCCUGAGUUCUCAGUAACCAACCUCCAGAAGGAGCUCUUGGACCUCUGGGAGGGCGUUGACUUUCAACCCCAGCACAGCUCUGACCCUGGGGGCGGGUUGGUUUGGACACCCCUGGGGAUCUGACCCCUGACCCUUCGCGACUGCUGACCCCUGAGCCACCCCCAUCCUAGCAGGGAGCCCUGGCCAUUGCCGCCCUCCCACCCCAGCCCCAGCCUCAGGGCUGAAGGAGCUGUUCCCUCCCCACCCGCCUUCUCCUGCCCAGGGAGCAAAGCCAUAAGGGGUGGGGGCCGCCCCGUGGCUUCUCCAAAGAAGCCCAGGCCUCGGGAGGAGGUGGAACUGACACGGGCUGACGCUGCCUGGACACUGACCUACAGGGGGAGUCCGUGUGCUCUCGGCUCUGUCUGAGGUGGGGGGGCGACGAGGGGGCGGCCAGGGGCGCGUCCCCACCACCCCCGUGGGUCUCAGGGAGGCUGGUGCGACCUCAUCUUUCUCAUGGUGCUAUCCCUGGUGCUACUGGGCUGUGGGGGCUCCCUCCCCUCCCCCACGCCAGAAUGGGGUAUGUUGGGGGAUUGGAAGCACUUGAACUUUCUAUUUUAUUUUAUUAAAACCUUGUCAUAAGCA